AUGAUAUUUGAUGGACAGAGAGGCAAAGAAAGAAUAUGUGUGGAGUGCAUUCUCGCGCGCUCGUGCAGCAGGGCGCGUUGCUCGCGCACGCUGGCGCCGGUGUGCGCGCUGGUGGCCGUCGCCGCGGCGCGCGACCUCCGCUUCUACCCCAACGAUUGCCAUCUCAAUAAAAUACGGUGCCUUCUCAAUAAUUACCUCAAAGAUAACUUGAUGCUAAUGAAAACUAAAAAUGAAUAUAAAGUUACAGUUAAGCGACUCCCUGAUUACGUUUGUGGUGUAGAAAAGCCAGUGGAGGUAACGGACGGUAGACGUUACAUCGAUCACACUAUAGUGGGGAGCAGAAACUUUUGCAACCACACGUGUCCCACACACUGCACUGACAUCUACGAACCCGUGUGCGCCAUGAUCUGGGACCAGAAUAUUAAGAACCGAGGAAGCCAUGUUUUGGUCAACCACUGCCAUGCUGACUUGCUGUCCUGUUCAUUACAAGCGACUGUUCAGAUUCAGACUAUUGACUAUUGCUUAGGAGCAAUGACUCAGUUUGCCUAUAAUGCAAUGACACAGGCCGCCGCUAUGAAAAAACUGGGGCUCAUCACCGUUUGAUACUUGUGAUA